AUGGCAGCAGAAAAGAAGUUGGGAUGGAUUGUAACUGCGAUAUUCAUCGUCGCUGACAUGGUCGGGGGUGGAGUCGUUGCCAUGCCGGUGGCCUUCAAACAAUCGGGUCUCCUUGGCGGUAUUAUAUUCAUGGUUUCCAUUGCAACAAUUUUCGAAUACACUGGCUAUCAAUUAGGUAAAGUAUGGUGUAAAAUGAUGCAAAGGUGA